ACAAGAGGAAAUAAACAUUGCAUCGGGCAACACUGAUAGUUUAAUCAAUCAAUUGCUCAUUAUAUUCCGCAGUUUUCACUUUUCACGCUUUCCACAAAGCGCCUUUUCUCGAAGCCGUAAUCUCGCCUGUCCUCAGAAAUGUUCUCUUUCUUCAAGAGCAAGAAAUCGAGCCCUGAGGAGCCGAUUCCUCCAGCUAAUCCUCCUCAGGGCAAACCAGAUGACUUCGUGAUGGUGGAUCCAAAGCCAGCAAAUCCACAACCUGGGGUUUAUCCAUCACUGGGCCCAGGAAUGCCGCCUUAUGCUGGUCUUCCUUCGAACUUUCCACCGCAAAUAGCAACAAAUCAGCCACAGCAGCCAUACAACGCCCUCCAGGGGGUCCCCUUUAAGCUAUCUGAUCAACUCAAUACAUCUGACAAAACGGAAGUGACUAAAAUCAUGCUUUACGACUUCCUGGAAAUUUUCUCGCGAAACAACCAAAAAGGUGAUUAUGACUUUGCCGUGGAACGGAGCGUUAUCAACGUGUAGCAGUAGAACUUAUCAUAGCAUACUCUCAAAUUAUUACUAUUCAUAACACGUUUGCGUGCGAAAUAAAGUUAUUUUUUUCUA